AUGUCCUGGGAGAGGACCAUUUUUGGCUCAGCCAUGAAUAACUGUGUGCUGCUGGAGGAACUGCUGAUCAAAAAAUCCCAGCAGAAGAGAAGGACUUCACCCUCCAACUUUAAAGUGCGCUUCUUUGUCUUAACCAAAUCCAAGUUGGCUUACUACGAACAUCGCCAUGGGAAAAAAAGGACUUUGAAGGGUUCUGUGGAACUUUCUAGGAUUAAGUGUGUGGAAAUUGUGAAAAGUGACAUCAUCAUUCCCUGUCAGUAUAAAUAUCCUUUCCAGAUCGUCCAUGAUAACUACAUACUCUACGUGUUUGCACCCAAUCGUGAAAGCCGGCAGAGAUGGGUCUUUACGCUGAAGGAAGAAACCAGAAACAACAACAGUCUGGUUUCAAAGUGUCAUCCAGAUUUUUGGAUAGAUGGCAAGUGGAGAUGCUGUGCUCAGACAGAGAAGAUGGCAGCUGGCUGCGCAGAGUAUGACCCCACCAAAAAUGCCUCAAAGAAGCCUCUUCCUCCCACUCCUGAAGAUAACUGGAAAUUGUUGCUAGAUCCAAAGGAAGCCGUAGUCAUGGCCAUAUACGACUAUGAAGCCCAGAAUCCGCAGGAGCUGACGUUACAAUAUAACGAGGAAUAUUAUGUGAUUGACAGCUCUGAGGAACAUUGGUGGCUGAUUCAAGAUAAGAAUGGGCAUGAAGGCUAUGUGCCAAGCAGCUACCUGGUGGAAAAAUCACCCGAGAAUCUGCAAAUAUAUGAAUGGUACAAUAAGAACAUCAGCAGAAGCAAAGCAGAAACACUCCUCAAGGAUGAGGGUAGGGAAGGUGCCUUCAUGGUGAGAGAUUCAAGGCAGCCUGGCAUGUACACAGUCUCUGUUUUCACCAAAGCAUUAAGCACGGAUAACAAUCCUGUUAUAAAGCAUUAUCACAUCAAUGAGACAACUGACUUUCCCAAGAGAUAUUACCUGGCAGAAAAGCAUGUGUUCGACUGCAUCCCUGAACUCAUCAACUAUCACCAGCACAAUGCGGGAGGUCUUGUCACUCGUUUGCGGUAUGCAGUCUCUUCUUGGAGAAAGAAGGCCCCAAUCACUGCAGGGCUGAGCUACGGAAAAUUGGUCAUUAACCCCUCUGAGCUCACCCGUGUACAGGAAAUCGGCAGUGGUCAGUUUGGGGUGGUUUACCUUGGCUACUUGCUGGAGAAGACGAAAGUAGCCAUAAAGACCAUUCGUGAAGGAGCAAUGUCCGAAGAGGAUUUCAUCGAGGAAGCUAAGGUCCUGAUGAAGCUGUCUCACCCCAAGCUAGUCCAGCUUUAUGGCGUGUGCUUUGAGAACGCUCCCAUAUGCCUGGUGUUUGAGUUCAUGGAGAACGGCUGCUUGUCCGACUACCUCAGGAGCCAGCGGGGCAGUUUUUCAAAGGAAACGCUGCUGGGGAUGUGCCAAGAUGUGUGUGAAGGCAUGGCUUAUCUGGAACAAAACUCUGUCAUCCACAGAGACCUGGCUGCUAGGAACUGCCUGGUGGGGGAAUCCCACGUGGUCAAAGUGUCCGACUUCGGGAUGUCAAGGAUUGUCCUAGACGAUCAGUAUACCAGCUCCACAGGUACCAAGUUUCCAGUCAAGUGGUCUGCUCCAGAGGUUUUCUCCUACAGCAACUAUAGCACCAAAUCUGACGUUUGGUCAUUUGGAGUGCUGAUGUGGGAGGUCUUCAGUGAAGGUAAAAUCCCCUAUGAGAAUCGCACCAAUGGAGAGGUGGUGGAAGAAAUCAAUGCAGGAUUUCGGCUCUACAAACCCAAGCUGGCCUCCAAGGCGAUUUACGAGGUCAUGAGCCACUGCUGGAGGAUGAGGAAAGAUGACAGGCCAUCCUUUUCUGUUCUGCUCUAUCAGCUGAGUGAAAUCUCCGAGUUUGACCUGUAA